ACAUCAACUCGAACGAAACCAGAAAAAACAACACCCGCGAAGCAGACGCGGUGCUACGGCGAGCUGCGGGGAUCAGAAAAGCCAGCAAACAAACAGUUCCUAUUUUUGGAGUGCUGACACUUUUGGGUCACGGGUGAAGGAUGGAAACCCAUAGUCAAAUCAUUGACAGGCUUCGUUCAACAUUCCGGGCGGGCGUCACACUACCAGAGCAGUUUCGUCGUUCUCAGCUGUCCAACCUUUUGCGUAUGGUCCAAGAGAACGAGCAACAGAUUUUGGAUGCCUUGCACAAAGACCUCGCAAAGCCAAGAUUUGAAGCCAUUCUGUCCGAGAUCGACAUUGUGAUUAAUGAGCUCCACUACACCAUUUCAAACCUCAGAAGCUGGAUGCAACCGGAAUAUGUCAGCAAAAACCUGGCAACAAAGCUAGAUGACUGUUUUGUCCGGAGGGAACCGCUUGGGGUUGUUUUAAUCAUUGGGGCAUGGAAUUACCCUUUCCAGCUGUCUCUAGUGCCCACGAUUGGAGCCAUUGCGGCAGGAAACUGUGUGGUCAUCAAGCCUUCGGAGAUCAGUGCAGCCACAGAGUGUCUAAUCGCAGAGCUCAUCCCCAAAUAUCUUUCUCAGGAGUGCUGUGCAGUAGUUUGUGGUGGACCUGAGGAGACCAAGGCACUCCUGAAGAAUCGAUUUGACCAUAUCUUCUUCACAGGUUCUCAGGCUGUUGCACGCAGCAUUUUGCAGGUGGCCUCAGUCUACCUGACCCCAGUGACAGUGGAACUUGGUGGCAAGUGUCCGUGCUUCAUACACAGUCAUGUGAACAUUGCAGCUGCUGCCCACCGCUUGGCGUGGGCUAAGUUCUUUAACGCCGGCCAGAGCUGUGUGGCACCAGAUUAUGUUCUGUGCUCGCAGGCCACUUGUGACGCCCUGGUUCCUGCCUUACGCAAAGCCCUGGAAGAAUUUUAUGGCAAUGAGCCUCAGACCAGUUGCGAUCUGUCGCGGAUCGUGUCGCACAAGCAUUGGAAUCAUCUGACAGAGCUGCUUAAGAAGUCCAAAGGCAAAGUUGUUGUAGGAGGAGAGAGCGAUCAGGAGACCAAGUACAUAGCUCCCACGGUGGUGGUGGAUGUCUUAGAAGAUGACGCCCUGAUGGAGGAGGAGAUUUUUGGGCCAGUUCUGCCCAUCUUGACAGUCGAGUCUCUGGAGGAAUGCAUCAGCUUCAUCAACAACAGGGAGAAGCCACUGGCUCUCUACGUUUUCUCUGAUGAGUCCUCUGUUGUAAACAAUGUGCUGGAAAAGACCAGCAGUGGAGGGUUCUGCUCUAAUGAUGGGAUUGUCUACAUGACCCUGCCAGGCCUCCCGUUUGGAGGUGUAGGUGGCAGCGGCUUUGGCCACUACCACGGCCGCUGGGGCUUCGAGACGUUCAGCCACCGGCGCGCCUGCAUGCUGCGUGGCUGGGGUCUGGAACGACUGAACAGUUUGCGCUACCCGCCUUACCAAGAUGACAAACUGGGCUGGCUGCGCUGGACCGCCUCUUUGAAGACAAGCUGCUCCAUCAUGUGAUGAUGAAAGCAGCUGGGG